AUGGCUACGUUCGCUCGUGGAGUGAAGUUAUUUCGCGAUGGCCAAUAUCAGGACGCAGUCGACUGCUUCUCCGAAGUUUUGGAACUUGGAGGUGACAAGUUCAAGAUAUACGACUCUCGCGCGGCUGCGUACCAAAAGCUAGACAAGCUCAAGGACGCGUUGCGUGAUGCGAAGGCAGUCAUAGACCUACAACCCGACAGGUGGCAGGGCUAUGCGCGGUCCGCCCGUGUAUUUUGCCAAGCGCGCAAAUACGAGGCUGCUACUCGCAUGGUAGAGCUCGCGCUCGAGCGCAUGCCCCCAAACCUCGAUCGCCGACGAGACGAAAUGGUCCUCCUGCAGGAAGAGAUUGCCACAUCCCAGGCUGCUGUAGCAAAGGCGAUAUCCAAGAGGACGUAUCACUUUGGCAAGCUACCCGUGGAGAUCGCGGCGGCCAUGUUCUCUAUGGUCCUCGAAGAUAAUCACGCGUAUGUCGUUACGCUCGCACAGGUCUGCCAGAACUGGCGCCACACCAUCCUAGACACACCGUCCUUCUGGUCAACGCUUGUCCUAGGCAACCGACAUCCUAAACGCAAAGUGAAGUUCUGGCGGGAACGCUCGCGAGGCCGGAUACACGAGUUGGCCGUACUAGACACAUUCACGGACUUCAUACCCACAUUCGAGGAACUACGCUCUGUGUCGAUGGACACUCUCCGUUCAAUCCGAUUGGACGCCCAAGCUUUGACCCGGGUGCUUAAAAAUUUGCCUAACGUGACGCCCCUUGUCCUUGCCUCCCUUCACCAAGUCGUUCUGCACGCGCCUUCCAUGGACUUCCUGAAUCUGGUGGAUGUGCCCGAAUACAAUUGGCGCGUACUAGAACUCACCAACGUUCUCAUCACGGACUACUACGCUCUCGCAUGCCGUCUGUUACAAUUAGAAUCCCUCUCACUCUCAAACUGCCCCUCUCACGGCUCCUGGGACGACUUGCUUUGGCUCCUCUCACGUAACCCAAAACUCGCCCGGCUAGAUCUCACUGCCUUCGACCCCGUCUCCUUGAAUUUUACGAACGAGCCUGGAGACAGGGAGGAACUCCCUGCCAUCAUCACCGUGCCGAGCCUCGUAGACAUCCGUAUCGAGGACACCGACCAGCUCGCGAACGUCAUCCUUCCACGUCUCAUCGCCCCUUCCCUCGCCUCUCUCCGCAUCUUGCAGCAUCGCCAACGUCUCGACGGCUGCCUUAGCUGGCUCGCGGCCGGCCCCGCCGCCACUCUGACCACGCUCUCCAUCCAACGCUCGGCAUUGAACGUGCAGGCUCUCCUCGACGUACUCCCCGUCGCGCUCGCGCUCGAGACGCUGGAGCUCACGCACGUUUGCGACGUGGCCCUCCCCGUUCUAAAGGCCCUAGGCACCCUCAUAGAGGUCACCGGCCCUACGGAGAACCACGCCAUCGUGCGCCGCGUCCGCUGUCCCAACCUCCGCAAACUUGACAUAUCACACUGUCCAGACGUGGUGGCCUGGCCCGUCAUUGCGUUGGUGAAGCUGCGCCUUCCAGAGGCGCAACCCCCUCCUCCGGAUGAAACGUCGAUAGAAACAAAGGACGCAUGGCCGCCAGUACGGAGACUAGAGUCGCUCGUAAUUGACGGCUGCCCGGACAUGGAUGCGGACAAGCUCCCUUGGCUACGAGCGGCCGUCCCGUCCGUCAGUUGCGUGUACCUCACUCGGAAGACUGCCAAGUGGCGACGAUGA